AUUUUGGAUACCUCAGGGCACGAAACAGAAGAUUUUUCCUUAACCGCCGCGUUGACCAUGUCGCCUUCUUCAUAGGCAGGGCAAGGCAGCGCAGCUGGAACCACUCCUACAAAGAAGACGACUUGCCGGAGAGAAAGUCCAACUCCUCUCUCUCUCUCUCUCUCUCUCUCUCUCUCACAGCGGUCGGUCGGGACUGUGUUGCCCUUGCAGAGGUUAGCUCGGGAGGUUGCCAGAGAGUGAAGGGCUUCAGUUUGCCGUGCUGGUUAUAGUCCACACAGAACGAGCUUAUUAUGAUUUGCUUUCCUUUUCUCAGGCGGAAGGGUCCUUCCUUAUCUGGGCACACAGUCGAAAUCGAUGAAGAGGUCUCAUCUAUUCAGAACACUAAACUUUACACUUACAAAGAGUUGCGGGUAGCAACUCAAGAUUUUAAUCCAGCCAAUAAGGUUGGAGAGGGUGGAUUUGGAUCUGUAUACAAGGGAAUUCUUAAAGAUGGAACUGUGGCUGCAAUCAAAGUAUUGUCCGCAGAAUCGAGGCAAGGAGUCAAGGAGUUCCUAACAGAAAUAAAUGUCAUAGCAGAGAUAGAGCAUGAGAAUCUGGUGAAGUUGAUAGGCUGUUGCGUGGAAGGGAAGCAUAGGAUUCUGCUUUAUGGAUAUCUCGAGAACAAUAGUCUGGCACAGACACUUUUAGGUGGAAGCCACAGUAGCAUUCAAUUUAGCUGGCGGGCAAGGUGUGGAAUUUGCAUCGGUGUUGCACAGGGGCUCGCUUUCCUUCAUGAGGAAGUCCAACCUCAUAUUGUUCACCGGGAUAUAAAAGCGAGCAACAUCCUUCUCAACAGAUACCUCAAGCCCAAGAUUUCAGAUUUUGGGCUUGCUAAGCUUUUCCCCACUAACAUGACCCAUAUCAGUACUCGAGUUGCUGGGACAGCAGGUUAUCUGGCACCUGAGUAUGCAUUACGAGGACAGUUGACUAGAAAAGCAGAUGUCUACAGCUUUGGUGUCCUUCUUUUGGAGAUUGUUUGUGGGAGAUGCAACACGAACCGAAGGCUUCCACCUGAAGAUAGAUAUCUUCUUGAAAGGGUAUGGAAACUUCAUGAGGCGGGAGAGCUCGUCACUAUAGUGGAUUCUUCUCUCAAUGGUGAUUUCGAUGCCAGGGAGGCCACAAAGUACCUAAAGAUUGGUCUCCUUUGCACCCAGGACAUGCCGAAGCUCCGGCCCUCCAUGUCCACAGUGGUGAAGAUGCUAACUGGCGAGAUUGACAUGAACGAGGAGAAGAUUUCGAGACCGGGGCUUCUCUCAGAGUUCAUGGGUGUCAAAGUUGAUCUUGGGAAGACAGACACCAAGGACUCUACUUACACGGUAUCCUCUGGCAAUGCGGAUAAUAUGUCUUCCUCUUCCGGAGACAUGACCACUUCUUAUGCCACAAUGACUUUCAAUUCGAUAUACGACCGGAAUUGACUUAUGGAAGGCUGAGGUUUCUCGAUUCUAAUUGCAAAUGCAAGAAGAAUAAAGAGAAGGGUUGCUGUAAAUUAUGUUUUUGACAUGAGUAGUUGUGAGAUAUAUGCCUUGUUUGAUUUUUCUCCCUAGUGCGUGAUGUACAUUCUUUGUAAUGUGGUGAUUCAAUUAUAGAUCAUUUUUAUACUGCAUUUGAGAGUUUAUU